AUGAAUCACUCUCUUCCCUUUCUCUUCUUCUUCUACCUCGUUCUCUUUCUUACCCAAGAUUUCCCCGCGCUUUCUCGCCGUUUCUCGCCGUCGCAGCACAACUUAACGCUCUACGGAGACGCCUUCUUUCGCGACCACACCAUCUCCCUCACUCAGCAACAGCCCUGUUUUCCAUCCGUCUCACCGUCGCCGCCAAAUUGCUCCUCUUCCGGCAUCGGACGUGCCCUCUACGUUUACCCAAUCAAGUUUGUAGAACGUUCCACCAACACUACCGCUUCUUUCUCCUGCCGCUUCUCCUUCUCCAUCAUCGCUUCCCCUUCUUGCCCCUUUGGUGAUGGCUUCGCCUUCUUGAUCACCUCUAAUGCCGAUUCCUUCGCCUUCUCCAACGGCUUCUUGGGUCUGCCCGACCCGAAACUAGACCCGCACGGUUCCUUCAUCGCCGUCGAGUUCGAUACUGGUUUCGAUCCGGGUCACGGCGAUAUCAACGAUAACCACGUCGGAAUCGAUGUCAAUUCCAUCUUCUCCGUCGCUUCCGUCGACGCGAUUUCCAAAGGGGUUGAUCUUAAAAGCGGGAGAGAGAUGAUGGCGUGGAUUGAGUACAGUGACGCUCUUAAACUCAUCAGGGUCUGGGUUGGGUAUUCACGAGUUAAGCCAAAGAGCCCUGUUUUAUCCGCACAGAUUGAUCUCACCGGAAAAGUCAAGGAGUACAUGCACGUCGGCUUCUCUGCUUCGAAUUCAGCUGGUUCAGCUCUGCAUAUCGUCGAGCGGUGGAAAUUUAGAACCUUUAGCUCUCACCCUGACCCGAUUCAAGAAGAUGAUGAUGAUUGGUUGGUCUGCUUUGAAAAACCCAGGAAAAUAUACCAUAAAGGUUUCGAUGUUAGGGUUUCAGUUGUUGGAUUAAGGAUCCCAUUUUGGACUCUCCUCCCUGGUUUGGCUGCAAUUGCUGUUCUCACUGCUUUUAUUGCCUUCUCAUUGAUUCGUGGCAAGAAAAGGAUUGGUGAAGGAGGAGAUACGAAUUCGGGGCUGAACAGGAUCCCGGGAAGAUUAUCCUUGGCUGAGAUAAAAACUGCGACUUCAGGAUUCAACGAGAACACAAUCGUGGGUCAAGGAGCUUCAGCAACUGUAUACAGAGGCUGCAUUCCUACCAUUGGAUCCGUGGCUGUAAAAAGAUUUGAUCGAGCUCACUGGCCAGAGUGCAACCGAAACCCUUUCACCACAGAGUUCACAACAAUGACGGGUUACUUACGGCACAAGAAUCUAGUUCAGUUCCAGGGCUGGUGUAGCGAAGGAACAGAGACAGCUCUAGUGUUUGAGUACUUACCCAACGGGAGUUUGAGUGAGUUCCUCCACAAGAAACCUUCAUCGGAUUCGUCAGAAGAAUUCUUAGUCCUCUCUUGGAAACAGCGGGUAAACAUCAUUCUAGGCGUUGCCUCUGCGCUUACUUAUCUACACGAAGAAUGCGAGAGACAGAUCAUUCACCGUGAUGUCAAGACCUGUAACAUAAUGCUUGAUGCAGAGUUCAACGCCAAGUUAGGUGAUUUCGGGUUAGCUGAGGUUUAUGAGCAUAGUGCGAAGUUAGCCGGACGCGACGCUACUCUCCCAGCAGGUACCAUGGGUUACUUGGCGCCUGAAUACGUUUACACAGGUGUACCUACCGAGAAAACCGACGUGUACAGCUUCGGUGUGGUGGUUCUUGAGGUGUGUACGGGGCGUAGACCGGUUGGAGAUGACGGGAUUGUGCUUGUAGACCUGAUGUGGAGUCUCUGGGAGAAAGGGAAGGUCCUGGAUGGUGCUGAUGUUAUGCUGAAGGAAGAGUUCGAUGCAGAGGAAAUGGAGAGAGUGUUGAUGGUUGGGAUGGUAUGUUCGCAUCCUGAUUGCGAGAAGCGGCCGAGGGUGAAGGAGGCUGUGAGGAUUAUACGUGGGGAAGCGCCGUUGCCAGUUCUUCCGGCGAGGAGGCCUUUGCUGAGGAUACGGUCGGCUACUGAGGCGGAGGAGAUGAUUGCCGAUAGUUUGAGUGGGGAGGAUGUUCCGUGGAUGACGCCUAAAUCAUACUUUUAGCUAUUUGACUUUUUGGGCUCGAUUUGGAAAUAUUGACUUCCUUUUUUGGUUACAAUUGUAAAUAAACAUUCAUAAUAAUUUCCAUAU